AUGUCCGACAAUCAGACGAAGAAAAGAACCAGUGGCCGAAACACCCAAGGAAUUCCUCCAGCCCGUUUUGAUUCUGAGAUAUACGAUAUGUCGCUUACCCAUUCGCCGAAAGCAAAAACGCCGUCUCACAACCCUCAAAACGAACCCUUAAAUGCCGCUUCGACCAGUACACCUCCAGCCAACCUCAAUAAUGUUAAUUCUUCUUCUUCUUCACAGCAUCAAAAGACACCAGUCAACUCGCAAGCCUCAGUUCCAAAACCUGCAAAUGAAAUUAUUGAGUUGAAGAAACACGUAAAUGCACAAAUGCAGCAAAUGCAACGUCAAAUGCAGGCAAUCCAGACAGAGAUUCUUGCUUCGACACAACAAAUGCAAAAUACCGCUAAACAAAUGCAAGAACAAUUCGCCAAUUUACAAUCACUGUCUGCAAUGCCUUCUUUGAUAUCACUAUUACAGCAAACACAAAGCCAAACACCACAGCUGCACGUAAGUCAUAACCCACCAUCUUCACAUUUGCCAACAAGUGAGACGCAAGAGCCAUUAAAUUCACCAGACCGCACAUCGUAUCACCAACCGCCACCAGGAUCAUCCAUAACCUCAGAUAUGUCUGUCCACAGUUCACACUCACAAAAUUCAUUACAUUUGCCUCAGAAGAAAAUUUAUCCAUUACCUACUUUUACAGGCCUUCCCGAAGAAUGGCAGACAUUUUACGAAUCAUUUGAAAGCACAACCACUGAAUUUGGAUACUCCAACUUACACAACAUAAUGCGCCUGAGAGAUUCUUUAAAGGGCCGAGCAAAGGAAUCUGUAGAAUCCCUCUUAGGUAAUUCAAGCAAGGUCGCCGCCAUUUUGGAACUGCUGCAAGAAACAUUUGGCCGACCGGAACAGUUGAUCAGGAGCCAAAUUGAAAAAGUAAGGUCGGUGUCACCAAUAGCCAAUGACAAUCUUGAGGCACUCGUCAAUUACGCCAACAAAAUAUGCAACAUGGCCACAUUUCUAAAGAACGCCAAAGGUGAGCACCAUUUAACAAAUCCUUCGCUUCUAAGUGAAUUAGUGUCCAAGCUGUCAACCAAUCGCCAAAUGCAGUGGGCAGAAAAAUGUCUGCAGCUUCAGGAACCAGCCACUAUCGUUGAUUUUGCAAAUAGGCUUUCUACACUACGCCGCCUAGCCAAUAUGGUCAACGACACAUUGCCAAUUGCAAGCACAUCUGCUAAUCGCCGCCAUGUACCAACAACUACUUCACAAACAUCCACCCGAAAAUUUGCCUGCGUUGGAGUUUCUUCUGGUCAUCAAUGUCCAGUUUGUAAUGGUGAGUGCAAAGGCAUUAAAAAUUGUCCAACUUUUUUACAGAUGUCACUGGAUGAUCGUUGGAGCAAAGUGAAGCAAAUUAAAACAUGCUUCAGUUGCUUAAAGAGAGGACAUCAAGUAAAAAACUGCCACCAAAAAGGACGUUGUGGGGUAAAUGGCUGCCAAAAACCACAUCACUCACUAUUGCACAAAACUUUUCCGGCAUUGGAGUCUUCAUCAGCCGUUUUGUCACAACCCAACAUGAAUACCGACGCAAUAACACAACAAACCGAAUCGCAAUUAGACGCAAGAAGAAAUUGCCAUGCAACAUGCCACACCGAAAACGUAUUGUUCCAAAUUCUGCCCAUAACAAUAUACGGUAAGCAAAAACAACUCACGAUCUACGCGUUUGUUGACGACGGAGCAAAUGUAUCAAUGCUGCACACAGACAUUGCAAACGAGCUAAAUAUACAUGGCGAAAGAGAUUUUUUGGAACUUCAGUGGCUAAAUAAUCACCGCACUUCACAAAACACCGAAAAAAUUAAUAUUACGAUUAGUGGAAUUGGCCACUACAAAGAUAAAUAUACAAUUUCCAAUAUUUAUUUAUCAGCUGAUCUGUCAUUGCCAGUGCAGAGUUGCCACAUGGCUCAUUUUUUAAAAUCCCAGGAAUGUGAAAAAAUCUCAAAAUUUCCCGUGCAUGAUUAUUCUAACGUGCGACCAAUGAUGAUAUUGAGCCUGCAACACUCAUUUUUGACCGUUCCCUUAGAAGUUCCACGUCUUAUAAGUGAAUUUGGGCCUAUCGUUACAAUAACAAGAUUGGGAGCUAUUUUAUAUGGACCGAUACCAGGUGAUAAAAAUAACACUAAUAAACAUGUUUUGCAUUUUCGUAGGUGUUCAAAAACUGAAAAUAAUCUACUCGAAGAUAUGAACAACAUGAUGCGUGGUUAUUUUGAUGUAGAAACAUUGGGCAUCAAAGUUUAUACAAAACCACUGAUUUCAAAGAAGAACGAAAGGGCGAUGCAGUUAUUGAACAAGGCUACAAAGUGGGUAAAUGGCAGAUACGAAUGUCCUCUUUUAUGGAAGGAGAAUGUACCACUAAUACCGGAGUCAUACGACAUGGCACUAAGACGUUUAUAUAGCAUCGAGCAAAAAAUGGCUAAAAAUCGUGAGUAUGGAAUCGAAUACAAAGCAAAAAUCGAUGAUUAUAUUAAGAAAGGAUACUGUCGGAAACUUACAACUGAAGAAAAAGAAGCCAAAUAUGAUCGUGUUUUUUAUAUUCCACAUUUUGGUGUGAAAAAUCCCAACAAAAAAGGUAUUCGUCUUGUAUUUGAUGCCGCCGCUGAAAUUAAUGAAUUUUCUUUGAACAAGGCCCUAAUAUCAGGCCCAGACCUAAAUAAUCCACUAAUUAGCAUUCUUUUUAAAUUAAGAGAAGGCCCAAUCGCAGUAUGCGGAGAUAUAAAGGAAAUGUUUCAUCAAAUUGGUGUAACGAAAAUGGACCAAAACUGCCAAAGAUUUUUAUGGAGGAAUGGAGAUGUGAAUUCGCCAGUGGACAUAUAUGUCAUGGAGCUUCUGAUAUUCGGUGCCACUUGUUCCCCCACAAUUGCCCAAUUUGUGAAAAAUUUAAAUGCCAAAAAAUUUUUGGAUACACUCCCUAGAGCCGUUCGUGGUAUCACAGAUCGUCAUUAUGUGGAUGACUAUGUCCACUGUUUUCAGUCCGAAGAAGAUGCAGUCAAAAUAUUAAAAGAAGUCAUCAAAAUUCACAAAGUUGCGGGAUUCCACUUACAUGGCAUAAAAUCCAACUCGAAAAAAGUGCUUGAUGAGUGUGGUAACCCCGAUGGCGAUAAAGGUAGUAGUGGCAACACCUUUUGUUAUGAUGGAGUAGAACGAAUACUCGGUAUUCGAUGGGUACCCGCAACAGAUGUCUUUUGUUUUGAUUUAAAACUAAAUAAAGUGGACGGACGAAUAUUACGUGGUAAAAAAAUUCCAACCAAACGAGAGAUGUUGUGUUUAAAUAUGUCGAUCUACGACCCGUUUGGUUUUGUGAGUGACUUUAUGGUGACGUCGAAAAUUAUAAUGCAAAGUGUGUGGAAGUCUGGUAUACAAUGGGAUGAAGAGCUCCCUAAAGAAAUAUAUGGCCGCUGGAAGUUUUGGUUAGCCCAAUUGCCAAAUAUUGUGAAAUUCAAUGUGCCAAGGUAUUAUAAUCCAACAUACCAUAAUAAUGAUGUCGAACUUCACAUAUUUACUGACGCUAGUGAGGAUGCAAUGGCUGCGGUGGGUUAUUGGCGUGUGAUUCUACAACGGUGCUGCAGUGGAUCAGGUCCGACCACAGGAUGUACAAACAAUACGUGGCAAAUCGAGUGGCGGAAAUUUUAGAAAGCAGUCAGGUGGAACAAUGGAGGUGGUGUCCAGGUCCAAAUAAUCCCGCAGAUGAGGCAACAAGGGCAAAUCUAACCAAAGAAUAUAACCCGAACGGAAGAUGGAAAAAUGGCCCAAAUUUUUUAAAUGGAGUGGCCGAAUGAAACAAAAACAAAUUCAGGUGCUGAUCGAGGUAAAGUGGAACUUCGUUCAAAGUAUAGAGUGCUGGUGGCAAGGCAAGUACAUUCAGUUAUACCUGAUAUUAAUCGUUUUUCGAAAUAUAGCAGAUUAAAAAGGACUAUGGCGUGGGUGUUUCGGUACAUGCAUAAUUUGAGGUGUAAAUUAAAACAAAGUGCUGGUAGAUCUGGAGAGCUGUCAGUUGAUGAGGAAGAAGAAGCAGAGAAGUAUCUCUGUAAGCAAGUACAACAAGAGAUGUUUGGAGACGAUUAACCGAUCUUGCUACAAGACAAAGGUUGUCAGAAAAGAGCGAACUCAAAUCAUUAAAUCCGUUCAUGGACACCGGUGGUCUGUUACGUGUUUCCGGAAGAAUUGAUAAUGCCACUUUCUUGUCUCUCGAUGCCAGAAGGCCGAUAAUUCUACCAAAAAAUCACCUGUUUACCAGCCUUUUAGUGGAAUCCUACCACGUUCGUUUUUGCCACAUCAAUGUUGCCACAGUUAUGAGCGAAGUUCGACAAAGAUUUUUGGGUGCCAUCUCUUCGUCAGCUUUUGAAUAAAAUCAAGCUCAGAUGUCCUAUGUGCAAAGUUAGUCGAGCUAAGCCUACACAACCGCAAAUGGCUCCAUUACCUGUGGAUCGUAGUACCCCAUAUGUGCGACCUUUUUCAUAUACCGGCCUUGAUUAUUUUGGCCCUGUCAAUGUUACCAUUCGCCGUCGUAAAGAAAAGAGAUGGGUAGCCCUAUUUACCUGUUUAACCAUCCGAGCCGUCCAUCUUGAAAUCUCCACCGAUCUGUCUAGCGAUGCCUGUCUGCUUUGUAUACGGAAUUUCAUCAACCGAAGGGGCGUUCCAGUGAUGAUUCGAAGCGACAAUGGGACAAAUUUUGUUGGCAUCGCCAAAGAGAUCCAAGGUACGUCUAAUUUUCUCGAUAUUAAUGAUUCGUUUCGUUCAAGUAUGACGGCUCUUGGCAUUAAAUGGGUCUACAAUACACCAAACAACCCUAGUGAAGGCGGCGUUUGGGAACGCUUAGUCCAGUCGGUGAAGAAGGCCUUGUAUGCGAUGUUGAAGGAACAUGCGCCGAAAUUGGAAACCCUUCAAGCUCUGCUCAUAGAGGCGGAGAAUAUGGUGAAUGCGAGGCCUUUAACUCAUAUUCCUGAUUCUCCUGAUGAUUCGGAGCCAUUGACACCCAAUCAUUUCAUUCUUGGAUGUCCCAACUCAACUCAUACACCAGCACCUUUUGAGCCAAGGCUAAUGUGCUUAAGAAAACAAUGGCGAGUGUUGCAGAACAUGAAAAAUGGCUUGUGGAAUCAGUAGGUGCGUGAGUAUCUGCCAGAUUUGACCCGACGCACAAAAUGGUGUCCGCCUUCUCAGCCAAUGAAAGUGGGAUGCCUAGUCUUCUUGUGUGAUGGUGAGCUGUCGAGAAGUCAAUGGAAGAGAGGUCGAGUCAUCCAAUUGUUCCAUGGCAAAGAUGGUGUGGCAAGAUCAGCUGAGGUCCGUACUAGUGCUGGUGUAUAUCGUCGUCCUGUUUCGAGAUUAGCUGUCCUUGACGUUGAAGCGCAUGAUGGUGAAGCCUCCCCCUCUGGGUCAGUUCACGGGGGUGGGGAUGUUGGUGAGGGUAACCCUGGUGUUACCAAUAUUUGAAUCAACUGUCAACAAUUCGGAGAAAUGGAGAAAUUUUCCCAGCCAACAACGUCAUUUUGUUUAUUUAUUUUUUGUUGUAAUUUAUAAUCAUCUCAUUGGUAUAAAUAAGCCUGUUAGCCCUUUAUUAGCAACGAUCACUCAUUAACCAUCAAAUAAAAUCUUUUAAUUUGCCAAACGGAA